UACUAAUGUUGUUGUUGUUUUUUACUACACCGCAUACUGUCUGCCUGACUGACAAAUCGUUUAUUUCAUUUUGAAGAAAGUUCGAGAUUUUAGUAUGACAGUGAAAUCAGACAAUGCCGUACUGAACGGUAUUUAUAAUUCAGACAUAGCUUAUGUUUUGCACCCGUUGACAAUUCGUCAUUUAGCAAGGGAAUGGUUAAAAGAAGACACCCCAAAUUUUGAUUAUGGUGGUUUUGUUGUUGGUGAAAAAGAAGAAACUGCUGUGCUGUUAAUUAAAUCUGAAGGUGUUUUAGCAGGAAAACCUUUCUUUGAAGCCAUUUUCAAGGAGCUUGAUUGCAUGGUACAUUGGGAAGAUAUACAGGAGGGAUCAUUUAUUAAACCGAUAAAAGCAGUGGCAACUGUUUCAGGAAAAGUGAGACAGAUUUUACUUGCGGAACGAGUUGCCUUAAAUAUCAUAACACGCGCAAGUGGAAUAGCAACAGCUGCAAAACGCUUGCGGACAAUUGUUGAAGAUCUUGGAUGGAAAGGAGAAGUAGCUGGUACACGUAAAACCACUCCAGGUUUUCGAAUGGUUGAAAAGUAUGCUCUGCUAGUUGGAGGCGUUUCAACACAUCGCCAUGACCUGUCGUCUAUGAUUAUGCUGAAGGAUAACCAUAUAUGGACUGCUGGCAGCAUAACAAAGGCAGUGAAGGAUGCCAAGGUGGUGGGUGGGUUUUCCCUGAAGGUGGAGGUUGAGUGCCGUAGUCUGGAGGACGCUCGUGAAGCUGCCAGCGCUGGCUCAGAUGUCGUCAUGCUCGAUAACUUCAGCCCUGACGCCUUGUCAAAGACAGCUGCAGCUCUGAAGGCAGAGUUCCCUCAUUUGAUCAUUGAGGCCAGUGGGGGCGUGACAGAGCACAAUAUUGCGCAAUUCUGUGAUCCAAAUGUGGAUGUGAUAUCACUGAGUAGACUAACACAAGGAUAUGAUGUGGUGGACUUUUCCUUGAAAAUCAGGAAAGAAGGAAUUGAUCCUCGGAAUUUACCUGUGAAUAUAACUACUUCCUAGUCUGUUAUAAAUACUUGCGAUAUACAAUACAAAGACAAUUAGUUAUGUGUAUUUUUUUUAGGGCAAUAUUACUGUCUCUUGUUGAAAAGCAAAUAGUUAUAUUUUUUUAUUUUUAUACUUUUUUUUUUAAGAUUUACAUAAAUAAAUAUAUGUAUAUAAAAGUAGAUUUAUAAGUUAAGUAUGUUAAGCUUUUGCUGGUGUAUUAAUUGUCCCCUACCGGUUUCACCGGAGGGGACUUAUGGUUUGCGCUCUGUGCGUCUGUCAGUCUGUCUGUCACACUUUUCUGGAUCCUGCGAUAACUUUAAAAGUUCUUAAUAUUUUUUCAUGAAACUUCAAACAUGGAUAGAUGGCAAUAAGGACAUUAUGCACAUCAUUUCAUUUUGUUCCUACGUGAAAAGUUCUGGUUGCUAUGGCAACAAAUUAAAAAAAAUUAUAUAUAAUUAUUUCUGACAAUGAUGGAGCCGGUAGGGGACAAAUAUUGCUUGGCAAUAGUCUUGUUAAACUUUGUCUGUUCACAUUACAACUUAUUAUUUAACAUGACUGACUGGACAGUUCACUCUUAAGAUCGGUCUCUUAACAUGGAACAUGUUCCUAUUUCACAUUCAAUUUGGUCAAUUCAGUUGCCUGAUUUCAAUGGCAAGAAGGUUAAACACACACAUUUUUCCUGAGGCUUGAAACAAUUCAAAUUGAUAAAUUGUCUACUGUAAUGCUACUUAUUGGCUGUGAAGGUUAAGACACUUUUUUAUAAUUGGCUUGAACAAUUUUAAUAAAAACGUGUCAAAUUAAGUAUCAAUCAUGCAAUAUCUAUGUGCAUUUUUACCAAAAAUAUCUCAUUUCAUUUAAUUUUAUUUUAACUACUGUUGUAUGAAACAAAUGUUUGUUACACAUGUAUGCAAUAUUGAUAUCAGUGAGUGCAUUGACUUGUUUGUGUCAAUUGAAUCAAUUUAUUUGUUAAUGAUUUUCUUUAAAAUGUAUUUUAUUGUACAAGUUUGACACAUUUUAUAUAAUAAAAAAUGAAUGAAUUAAUGUUGUGUGUUUCCAGUAUAGUUUUUCUGUAAAACACAUUUUUUCUUGUUUGCUUAGAAUGAACAUGUACAAUACUGUUGCACAUUGAUUUUGAUUAAGAGCAAUUUGUGUGUUGUUUUCAACCUGUACUUUAUGUUGUUCAGUAGAACUAAAAGUUCUGAAAAUACAUGAUCGGCAAUAUCCUGCGUGGUUUCAUUAAAACAUACAAAUUAAGUGUGAAUAGCCUCUGUGCAUUACUUUUGCCUUUGUCUUUCAGUGCCUUAAGAAGUAUCUGUUUCUGCCUGUUCAACAUGAGAGAUUGUUUACUUCAGAUCCCAAAAAUAUUCUUAUUAAUGGAUUUAGCUUUAAUUGCACUUAUUUGUAAUAAAUGGAAUGAUUAUA